AUGUCCCGCGUUUUUUGCAUCCCUGGCAUUCUUUUCCUAGUCUGUGCUCUUGUCUUGAGUUUCCUCGUGUCAAUCUCCCUUCCUUACCUGCCAGCCCUUGACAUCGUGCGCGUUCACUUUGCAUCUGGCGCUUUGCAAGACGGCGGCAGUGCACAAGGUAUACAAGAGCUCCGCUUUGGUGUUUGGACCGCCUGCUACGAUGAUACCCAUGGCGAUCGCACAUGUCUCCCAACACGUCACGGUUAUUCGGUUCCAAUCACUAAUCAAGAAAAGACUCGUAGCGUCAAUAUUGGAUCAUCUUGGACUCGUGGUCUUGCCGUACACCCAGUUGCCACUGCCGUGACCUUCAUUGCGCUUAUCCUUUCGCUGUCGACACACAUUACCGUGACGUUAAUAGCUUCCUUGGUGGCGUUCCUCGCUGCCCUGCUGACCCUCAUUGCCUUCGCUAUCGAUAUUGCACUCCUCGUUUUUGUCCGCCAUGAGAUGGGCAACCUGCUCAUCGGUGCCCAUACCAUCACUGGUCCAGGUUUCUGGUUGACAUUCGCAUCUUUCAUUCUCCUCCUUCUGGCAGGAUGCACCGUUUGCUUCGGACGUCGCAGGGACCGCAUGUCAGGCGCCAGCACGAGCACACGCACCCCGAGAGCCAAGACUGGUCCCUUCUGGCGCAGAAAAAACAAGGCUUGA